AUGUACGCGACCAUCGUCUUCUUUGUUGCCCUCCUGGUCCUGGCGGCUUGGCUGGUCAACGUCCGCUCGGUCAGAGGACCCCCCACCCUCCCUUUCCUCGGAAACGUCCACCAACUCCCCCGCCGCGGGAUCCACUUCCGCUACUUCGAAUGGGCCAAGAAAUAUGGCGGCAUCUUCUCCCUCAAAAUCGGCUCCUUCGGCGAUUCCAUCAUCGUCCUCAGCGAUGACAAGAUCGGGACUACCCUCAUGGACAAGCGCGCCGCCGUCACCAGCGACCGGCCGGAGGUAUAUGCGGUGGGCCAGCUCGCCUUUCGAAACAACCACCUCCUCUUCAUGAAAGCAGACCAGCGCCUGCGUGCCCGUCGGGCGCUCAUCUCCAAAAUCGCGACCGAGGCCCGCUGCGAUGCGGAUCAUGUCCCACUUAUCGAGGCCGAGGCGACGCAGUUCCUACGGGAUAUCUGCCUGUAUCCCGAACAUAUGAUGGAGCAUGCACCGCGGUACAGUAACAGCAUUGUCAUGGCGCUGGCCUUUCACAGCCGGACGCCGCGACAUGAUACAAAACACAUGCUGGACCUCGAGCAUCUCAACAACGGGUUUCUUGAGCUCGCGGAGAUUGGCGCAACCCCGCCGGUCGAUUGGCUGCCCAUCCUGAAAUACGUCCCCGAGGGUAUUUUUGGCAAUUGGAAGUCCAAAGCCCUAAAGCUCCGAAAGGACCUGCUGGAUUUGUACGUGCCGAUGCGCGAAAAGGCGCAAAAGCGCCGCGAGGCCGUCGGGUCGACGCCGAGCAUGUACGACGCCAUCCGUGACCAGCAGGACAAGCUGCAGCUGUCGGAUGAAGAAAUCGACUUUCUCUUGGGCAAUCUGCUCGAGGGGGGCACGGAUACUGUUGCCACGACCACGCUCGUCUUUUUCCAGGCGAUGAUCAACUUUCCCGAUGUGCAGAUUGCCGCACGGAAACAGGUCGAUGAGGUCUGCAGCGAGACCGAGAUACCCACCUGGUUGCACAAGGAUCGCUUGCCCAUCGUCACGCAGAUUGUCAAGGAGUGUCUCCGGUGGCGUCCGCCUGUUCCUGCAUCCGUGCCUCAUGCCUUAUCCAAAGACGAAACAUACGAGGGCAUGCACCUCCGCAAAGGCUCAACAAUCCUGCUGAACAUCUGGGGCAUCCACCACGACCCCGCCCGCUACCCAGACCCCAGCCGCUUCGACCCCUCGCGCUUCGCCCACCACCUGAAAUCGGCCUCGGUCUACGCCAACGCCAACGACGGCCCCAAGCGGGAUCACUUCGCCUACGGCUCCGGCCGGCGCAUCUGUCCGGGCAUCCACCUGGCCGAGCGGUCGCUGACGAUCCUCUUUGCCAAGUUGCUGUGGGGGUUCGAGUUUUCGCACAAGUUGGAUAAACAGGGGAAGCCGAUUCCUAUUGAUAUCGACCCUGAGACGGCGUAUCGCGAUGGGUUCUUGAACAAGGUGUAUCCGUUUGAGAUGGCUGCAAACGUGAGGUCGGAGAGGAGGAGAGAGGUCAUUAUGGAGGCUGCGGAGAAGGCCGAGAGGGAGGUUUUGGGUAGUUAUCCGUCGUGA